CGCGUCCCUUCACAACAACCUCACACCGCGCGUAUUGGAUGGCUUCGCCUGAUGCCAAAGUCGUCCUUGUGACCGGUUGCUCUCAAGGAGGCAUAGGAUACUUCUUAUGCCAACGCUUUGCGCAGGAGGGGUGCCUGGUCCACGCCACCGCUCGCAGGCUGGAUAGUAUGGAGGGGCUCGACAAGAGCCGGACCUGGAAGCACACCAUGGAUGUGACAAACGGCCAAAACGUUCGAGACGUUGUCGAGGAGGUGCUCGGUCAGCAUGGGAGAAUUGAUGUACUUGUGAACAACGCUGGAGCAAUUGCGGUUGGGACUCUUGUGGAUGUACCCAUCGAGACGGUACAAUCAACAUUUGAAACGAAUACGUUUGCUAUCCUGCGUACCGCAAAAGCGGUAAUCCCCUCUAUGGCAAAACGGAAACGGGGGUUGAUUGUGAAUAUCAGCUCCGUAACCGGAGAAUUCCCAACGCCUUGGAACGGCGUGUACUGCGCUUCCAAGGCAGCCGCACACUCGCUAACUGAGGUGCUCUGCAUGGAGUGCCAGCCACUCGGCGUCGACGUGAUGCUCGUCGCACCUGGUCAGAUCAAAUCAAACAUCAGUACCAAUAUGGCAGCGCACUUCAAGAUGCCAGAAGAUACGUUGUAUGCAGAGUACACGGAUAAAAUUAUCCAGCGGAUGAACGUCAGCCAGGGGCCAGGAUCGCUGCCCACCGCCGAGUUUGCGAGGCGAGUCGUCUCUCGUGCGCUGAGCGCACGGCCGCCACGGUACAUGAGACUAGGCGGCGGUGCUGCUUUCGUAGGUAUCCUCGCUUGGUUGCCCAGGUCGCUUGUGUUGUGGAUCAGUUGGCGUCUCUUUGGUAAGAAGUAGGGUCGCCCGUUAUACCAGGUGACGCGCGGUAUCAUGUAUGCGAUUGACGGACACCAGAAUAGAUCUCAUCAAC